GUGAGUUAGCGCGAGGCUUGUGUGUAGUCCUCUGUCGGGAAGAAGCGCGUAGCCAUAGUGCGACCUGAGAAACACUAUCGCUUAUCAAGACACCUCUGUGAGUAUUCAGGGGAUUCAGCACUUGGAGGAGUACAUCCUUUUAUUGCAUAACUGAAAGUCAUCCAGCCUUCAGGAUGGCAAAAGGUGAUCCAGCAAAGCCAAAGGGCAAAAUGUCUGCUUAUGCCUACUUUGUGAAGACCUGUCGUGAGGAGCACAACAAGAAGAACCCUGGGGUUUCUGUGAAUUUUUCAGAAUUUUCUAAGAAGUGCUCUGAGAGAUGGAAGGUUAUGUCUCCAAAAGAAAAGACCAAAUUUGAGGAGAUGGCCAAGCAGGAUAAGGCUCGAUAUGACCAGGAAAUGAUGAGCUACAAUCCAGGGAAAAGGGGCCGAAAGGCAAAGAAGGACCCCAGUGCACCAAGGAGGCCACCGUCGGGAUUUUUCCUAUUUUGCUCUGAACACAGACCCAGUAUCAAGGCUCAGAAUCCUAGCUUGGGCAUUGGGGAUGUGGCGAAGAAGCUUGGUGAGAUGUGGAACAAUCUGUCAGACUCUGAGAAGCAGCCUUUUCUUUCAAAAGCCAAUAAACUUAAGGACAAAUACCAGAAGGACAUGGCAGACUACAAGAGCAAGGGGAAAGUGGGUGGUGGAAUGUCUGCAGGCAAAGCAAAAUCCAGGGAUGAUGACGAUGAUGAUGACGAUGAGGAGGAGGAUGAAGAUGAGGACGAAGAUGAUGAUGAAGACGAAUAAAGGACUUUGCAUCCUUAAUCUAAUGCUAGGGGUGUUGCAAUGAUCACUGCCAGUGUGAAUCAAAAUGAGUCAGUGUAUUUGGCACCCAUGGAGCAGCCCAACUUCUGUAAGCUAAGACUAAAUGUUUUAUCUUGGAGAAAGUCUGGAUAUUUAGAAAAUGCUUUUGUUUAUGCUACCCCAAAGUUGUUGAAAGAAAGGGGGAGAAUGUUUUUGCUGUUUAGCCAUAAACCUCUGGUAGCACAAGAAUACAUGCAUGUUUUAAAGUUCAUGGUUUAAAUGUUUAAGGUUGUUUCAGACUCCUCUUAGAAACAUUUUUAUUUUUCUAUUCUCCCAGCUUUAGGUUGUACAGUAAGUUUGGCAGAACAAUGUAGCAGAAUACAAGUUUUUGUUGGCAAUUGCUAGAUGUUUUAUGCUCAGCCACUGUAUGUAAAAACAAAUAAAAUCCCCUCCCCUUUUUCUUUCUCCCUACGAAGUUGACUUUUGGGUAAAUGCACUGAACCAUUUGCAAAAAUUUUUUUCUUUUUUUUUUUUUUUUUCAACCAGGUUACAUUGUCACAAUCUGGUUAAUCUCUUUCUUUCUUUUUUUUUUAUUUUUUAAUGUGUAGGUAAAACUUAUUUAAAAUGACAUGUUUUAGAUCUAGGAAUUGUGACUUUUUUAUGUAAGAUGUUGUGUUUUGGAUUAUAACGGCAUUCUUAUUCAUAAUUUGCUGGUGUGUGGAUAUUUAUGGGAAUAAAGUGGUCAACAUUGCAA